GCUCUGCUGCCAUUAAAAGUCUGCUUCUAUGAAAGCUUUACUUCUACAGUUUCAUACCUGUCACUACUAUCAUUCCACAGUAACAGAAAUCAUUAGUGAAGAGUAACAGAAAUCAGUGAAGAUGUUUUGGUUAGAUGCUAUUCUUCUAUUAGGAAUUAUCGAUUUGGGUUUGAUGUUGAAGUUGUUUCUUACAUGAUGAACGCCAUUUUCAUUUAAAUCUAGGGUUUAUUGAUUUUACAAUAAGAGAAUCAUAAAGAUUGAAACUUAUCAGGGUUUUCUUAUUGUGUUUUAUUAAGUUUUCUUAUUUUCUUCACGUCCGGGAAGGAGAGAAAGAGAUUCUUAACGGCAAAAGAGAUUAGAGGAUCAUAGUAAGAGAUACGAAAGAAGGUUAGUAUUACUCUGAAAGUCAUUUGGAGUUGUAAUUGAGGUUUUGUGCUGUUUAAUUUCAGCCUAGGAGAAAGAUUGUAAAAUCCCUUUUCAGGGCUAUCGGGGAUAACGUUGCUGGAUUUUAAGGCAAGUUUAAUUGUAUUUGUAUUAGGGAAGAUUUAAUAUUUGAUUUAGGUUGUUAGCUUACUUACUUAAAGGAUUUUGAAGUAUUAGGGAAGAUUUAAGAUUUGAUUUAGAUUUUGAAUAAAAAUUACUCUUUGUCCUCCGUAGGUGAUCAAUACAUGAUUAAUCUUGCGAAUAUUACCAUGAUAAAUUAGACGUCAUGAUAGGUAAAUUUAAUAGCUCACCCAUGUUUACUAAACACCCAUAUCUUGUUUUGUUGGUAGUCAAAUUUUUAAGCAUGUAUGUUAAUUCAUUGUUUAUUAUUCUACCUUGGUCCCUGCACAACACUUUAUACACAUUUUAUUAAUUGGUAGGUGCAUUUGAUUAUCACUUUUGGAUGCUGGUGAUCUGUUGGCUAAUAUUGUGAAUUUAAAUGUAUGUUACUACUUCUUAACAAUACUUAAUUAUUUGAUGGUUUGUAAUCAGUAAUAUGAUAAUGCCGACCGGACUCCAGGGAAUGGAUAGAUAAGGUUUAGCUAUUUUAUGAGAUUAUAUGAGUAGCUUAGCUGUUGAUCAGUUUAGAAGACAUACCUUUAAGGUUUAGACAAGGGAAGUGGAUUAAGUCUUUAGACUUGGUAUAAGCGGUUACAGUUGAUAUGAUGUAUGCAGUAGCAUUUUUUUUGUGGGUUUAGGAGUACUAGUGUGGCCUAAGCAAAGUCUAAGGUCUGAUUAUGAUGGAAACACAAGACAGGGAUUUAUGUUAGACCUGGGAACUAAAGUCGAAUCUUGUAGUGUAUGAGAUAGGUCCUGCUAUACCAUUUAUGUUUUUGUGUUCUAAAAAGAACAGCUUGAUUUUAUGUUUGAUGAGUGAUGUAUGGGAUUGGUCUCGUUACGUCAUUCCAAAACGUAUGUCGUUGAAGGCAAAGAAAGAAGUCACUGCAACUAAGCGAAUAACUAUUGCCAGUUGUCGUGAGUGCGUGUUCUAUGUAGGAGUAAAUUAGCGACCAUUAAUUUGUGGGGAAUCUUAAGUUGCAGGUGAGGCCUGUUGCUCUAAACCUUCUUAUCUCCUUUUAGUAUACAAAAAUGUUGUUGAUAAGACAUUUUGGAUUCAUUUUCAUCCUACUCAUUCUUGAAAAUGUUUAGAAAAGUUUUUGGUCUUUAUUGCACGGGUAGCCCCAUAUAAUACUUUGUAUUCAAAACUGGAAGAGCACCUGAGCCAAGUUCGUGUCAAUACAACUACCAACAAACGGAACGAAGCACUUUUUCUGGGUGUGGUGGAUCCACACUUGCUUCCUCCUUGUGAUAUUGUUCUGCUAUGUCAAGAAUGUCAUCUCUAAUCAAAAAUCAUGAGCCAAGUUACAGCUUCGCAGUAAUGGGAGGGAAUAACUUAAAUAAAACUCUAAAGGACUUGUACUUGAGCAGAUUAGAACCACGUCCUCCAAGUGACGCUAAGUACUUGCAUGGUAUUACUCAAAUCCAUUGCACGCAUUGAGCUGUAUGCAACUGGCAGAAGCACAUCUCAGGCACCAUCGAGGCACACCAAUUGUUAUCAGAUUGUUUCAUCAAACAACAUGCGCAUUGAGAAGCAGUUCCAUAAGUUGUAUGUAGAAGUCAACCUGUUCAACCUGUGGUUCUUCAAGUAUCAGAUUAAAAUGGAAGUGCAUAUUUUGGAUGGCUUUUUCAGAACUGUUUCCAAUUGGCAUUCAUCACUUAGACAUGAGUUUGGGUCUCCUGAGGUGACGAAGAUUGUCACAGACUGUACGCAUAAUUUUCUGCUCUUUGACCACUUGUUGCAAGUUCAUAUUGUUCCAACAAAGGAAGUGCAUCCUAAACUGUAAGCAAUUCUUUUGAUUUAUCUAGGUAUUGUAUGUAACAAACAAACAUAGCUGCACCUGCACAAUGUAAGAAACAAGAACAUAUGUACAUAUGCAAUCUUUCAGUUGUACAAUUUGACACCUGAUUUUCUUAAUGCAACCUGUAACAAGUCUUU